AUGCAUGCCUUCAUGAAUGAGAUGAGAGCAGAUAGAACUCGGCACAAGAGGAAUGACUCUCCUCCACAUACGGCUACGGUGACUCCUACACGUACGCCACCUGUUACACCUCAUCAGGAAGGGAGUGGGGCUAGUCGUCAUUCUGGCGAGACUAGUCACCACACUACUGAUCCUACUUAUAUUCCAAAGCCUUCCGUUGAUCCAACUGUUGUUGCUCAGUCUUCUGGGGUUGCGGAGCAGGUAUUUGCUGGUACUGAUGAGCAGAGGCUCAUAUCUUUCAGAAAACACAAACCGCCAGCAUUUCAGGGGUCAAGGGACCCGAAGGUAAUGAUUACCUGGUUGAUGGGGAUGGAGAAAAUAUUUCAAGUUAUCAGGUGCCAGGAUCCCCAAAGACUGCUUUAUUCUGUUUAUAUGCUUGAAGGGGAUGCCCACGAGUGGUGGUACAACGCAUCUCACCCGUUUACUAUUCAGGGGGAAGAAAUAACUUGGGCUUUAUUUGAAAGAUUAUUUCAUGAAGAGUAUUUUCCCAGGGAUGUUCAGGAAGCCAAGCAAGGCGAAUUUGAUAAAUUGAGGGGAUUAAAUGAGAAGAUUGCAAAAAGGAUGUCUAAUACUGCUGUGAGGAACUUUGCUGACUUAGUGACCCAGUGCAAGAGGGUUGAAACUGUUUAUGGCAGGUAUCCGAAGUCUAGUUCUGCUAUAGAGCAAGAGGUUAGGAGGACAUCUGGUCCUUCUGGUAAUAAUAAUAGAGGUGGCUACCAUCAUAAUAACAACAGGGGUAGGAGGUUGCAGGUAAGGCAGCCUCCUGGUCAAUUCAAGAAGGGUGAUGGUCAAAGGAGCAGUUUUAAUGAUAGAAAUUCUACUCCGCAGUGUGAUAAAUGUAAGAGGUAUCAUCGGGGUCCUUGUACUGCGGCUCUGAAUUCUUGUUUUAAAUGUGGUAAAGUUGGGCAUUUUUCCAAGGAGUACUAUAGUAAUACUGGGUAG